AUGCAAUUCAGAACUUUGGCUCCACUUGCUUUGGCUUCCGCUGCUUUCGCUGCUUACUCUAACGGCACCGUCUCCACCAUUACUUACGAGACCACCGUUUCUGAGGUCGUUACUGCUUUGACUACCUACUGCCCAGAAGCCACCUCUAUCGUCACCAACGGAAAGACCUACACUGUCACUGGUGCCACCACCUUGACCAUCACCGACUGCCCAUGCACUAAGGAGGAGGUCAUCACCACCACCACUGUCACCACCAUCCCAGCUAAAUCUUCCACUGCUGCUUCCUCUGUUGCUGCUUCCUCUGCUCCAGUCAUCUCCACUGCCGAGAACGCUGGUGCUAAGGUUGGUGCUGCUGGUUUGGCUGCCCUUGCCGGUGCUGCUGCUUUCUUGCUCUAA